AUGAAGUCCCAACAAUACCGUCCGUCUACCACCGACGAAUGGACCCAAUCCGCGGAUCCCUAUGUCACCGUCAGAAACUCCGCGAGAAACAGCCGAUCCCUACCGCUCGGCUAUCGUUUCCAACGCUUCGGGCCAGGCCUCGUCUUUCAAUUCUUCGCCCUUCCGAAAUUCCUGUUCACUUUGUACCUGAUCAUGAACCGUCCGUGGACUCCAAUCGAAGUUCCCAUUGCAUUGAUGUUUUUGGCGAUCGAUGCAAUUUUCCUGAUUUCUGCCACGUUUCAAGACUUUUUCACUCUCGCCGUCUCGUGGAUCAUUUCGGUAAAUUAGAACCAUUGUAUAAUAGAUUCGAUUUAAAAUAAUAUAUUUUCAGUUUUUCCUGCUCGUCACCUACAUACUCCUCCUCAUCUUCGGGCCAAUUCUCGUCGAGCACGUGUUGCUUCCAUCCGAACAUGAUGUGUUCCAUAGAAUGCGACAACGCCAGAAAGAAAUGCACUUUUUCAAAGGAUUCGAGUUCGGAAUGUCGUUCGCCAUGCUUCUGAUCUUGUUGAUUGCGGUGAGCGCAAUGCAGUUAGGACUCGUGAAUGCCACGUUGAACGCCAAAAUCGAAGAGUGCACCCGCAAGAAGCAAGUGGCCGAGAAGAGAAAUUCCGUUUAUGUUGUUUGA